GGGGGGGUCUCCCCAAGGAGCCUGAGGGGUUAGCCAUGGCCACUCGGCGUUUAACCGACGCUUUCUUGUUGUUGCGGAACAAUUCCAUCCAAAACCGGCAGCUGUUAGCCGAGCAAGUGAGUAGUUACACCUCCUCCACCUGCAGCCCUCUGCAUUCACGUAGCAUUGCUGCGGAGCUGGAUGAGCUUGCUGAUGAUCGCAUGGCACUGGUAUCAGGCAUCAGUUUAGAUCCAGAAGCAGCAAUUGGUGUAACGAAACGGUUACCUCCCAAAUGGGUUGAUGGAGUGGAUGAAAUACAGUAUGAUGUUGGCAGAAUUAAGCAGAAGAUGAAAGAAUUAGCUAGUCUUCAUGAUAAGCAUUUAAACAGACCUACCUUGGAUGAUAGCACUGAGGAAGAACAUGCUAUUGAAAUAACAACCCAAGAAAUCACACAGCUGUUUCACAGGUGUCAGAGAGCAGUUCAGGCUUUGCAGUGUAGAGCACGGAAUUGUACAGAACAGGAAGAACGAGUUCUCCGAAAUGUAGUGUCCUCUCUAGCCCAAUCUCUUCAGGAAUUGUCCACCAAUUUUCGACAUGCGCAAUCUGGCUAUCUCAAACGCAUGAAGAAUCGAGAGGAAAGAUCACAGCACUUUUUUGAUACAUCAGUACCACUUAUGGAUGAUGGAGAAGACAAUACUCUUUACGAUAGGGGUUUUACAGAUGACCAAUUAGUAUUGGUGGAACAAAAUACACUAAUGGUUGAAGAGAGGGAGCGUGAAAUUCGCCAGAUUGUACAGUCUAUUUCUGACCUAAAUGAAAUUUUUAGGGACUUAGGAGCAAUGAUAGUGGAACAGGGUACACUUCUUGAUAGAAUUGACUAUAAUGUUGAACAGUCCUGUAUCAAAACGGAAGAUGGAUUGAAACAACUUCACAAGGCAGAGCAGUAUCAAAAGAAGAAUCGGAAGAUGCUUGUUAUUUUAAUUUUGUUUGUAAUUGUUAUUGUCCUUCUUGUUGUACUAGUUGGUGUCAAGUCUCACUAGGUAACUUUUCUGAUUUUCUCACUUCAUGUUUGUGUGUGAAGU